CGCGGUCUGUUUAAGCUUUCAACCGGUAAACCGGGGUAAUGUACGCGUGGGGGUGGUAAAAUUUAAUCUCCGUAUCAUUCACGCACAUUUCACUUCAAACCGCCAUCUUCUCAUACACACUUGAACAUGCUCGUGGUAAGCUUGACAGGAGGCAUCGCUUCCGGCAAAUCUACUACUUCUAGGUUGUUCAGUGGGUCACCUUACAAUAUCCCGCUGAUCGAUUUAGACGUAUUAGCAAGAGAAGUUGUUGAACCGAAUGAUGCAAGUAAGACGUUGAAAAAGUUGGUAGAUCACUUCGGAGCAGAAGCAAUCCUAAACGAAGAUGGAACGUUGAACAGAGCAGCAUUAGGAAGAUUGAUCUUCGGAAAAGAACAAGAGCAGAACCGAAAAGUUGCAAAUAAAUACAUCCAUUCUGCCGUACGAAAAAGAACGGCUUGGUUAGUGAUGAAAUACUGGCUAACAGGUACGCCUGUUGUGAUCAUCGAUACACCUUUAGCAGUCGAAGCAGGUUUAUGGAAAUUUUGCGGAGAGAUGAUUUUGGUUUAUUGUCCUGCAGAACAACAACUUGAACGUAUGAUCAAACGAGAUAGCGAUAAAGGUCUUACACGAGAAGAUGCGGAAAAUCGAUUAAAUUCACAACUUGCUUUGGAAAAGAAGAUCUCUUAUGCUGAUGUUGUUUUGGAUAAUGCCGAUAAUGCCAAAUCCACCUUGGAACAACAGGUGAAAGAAGUUGUCGAGAGAUGGGAAACACAACAUAAUCGCGGAUUAGGAAAAGUGCGAACAUUGGUACAAUGGCUCAUUCCACCAGUUGGACUAAUCAUGGCUCUGUACGCAACUUGGGCUCGGACCAGCAGGGUAUCCAAACGAUUGCGAGAGGAGAAACAGAAAGAAAGAUCACAAUGAUGCCUAGAUGAAAGGUUUUCAAUUGAACUAUGUAUA